AUGGCUCCUCCACGUGCAAUGUUCGAGCGAUUCACGGAGAAGGCUAUAAAGGUGAUUAUGCUAUCGCAAGAUGAGGCAAGACGACUUGGGCACAAUUUUGUUGGGACCGAGCAGAUUAUGCUUGGGCUUAUCGGUGAGGGCACUGGAAUUGCGGCUAAGGUCCUCAAGUCAACUGGAGUUACUCUCAAGGAAGCACGUGUGGAGGUGGAGAAGAUAAUUGGACGUGGGAGUGGAUUUGUUCCGGUUGAGAUACCUUUUACCCCCCGUGCAAAACGUGUCCUUGAACUGUCAUUAGAGGAGGCCCGGCAGCUUGGUAACAAUUACAUUGGAUCUGAGCACUUGCUUCUUGGAUUGCUUCGGGAGGGUGAAGGCGUGGCGGCUCGUGUCCUUGAGAAUUUAGGUGCUGACCUUAGUAACAUUAGAGCUCAGGUUAUUAGAAUGGUUGGUGAGAGUGCUGAGACCAUUGGUGCUGGUGUUGGAGGUGGAAGCUCCGGGAGCAAAAUGCCUACACUGGAGGAGUAUGGUACCAAUUUGACAAUGUUGGCUGAGGAGGGCAAGCUAGACCCUGUUGUUGGGAGGAAAGAGCAAGUAGAACGUGUAACCCAAAUUUUGGGAAGGCGUACUAAAAAUAAUCCUUGCCUCAUUGGGGAACCUGGAGUUGGGAAAACAGCAAUUGCAGAGGGUCUUGCCCAGAGAAUAGCCAAUGGGGAUGUUCCAGAGACGAUUGAGGGGAAAAAGGUUAUAACUCUGGAUAUGGGCCUUCUUGUUGCUGGUACAAAGUAUCGUGGUGAGUUUGAAGAAAGGUUGAAGAAACUGAUGGACGAAAUUAAGCAAAGUGAUGACAUUGUACUCUUCAUUGAUGAGGUGCACACGUUGAUUGGAGCAGGAGCUGCUGAAGGCGCAAUUGAUGCUGCAAAUAUUUUGAAGCCCGCUUUAGCCCGGGGUGAAUUACAGUGUAUUGGGGCAACUACACUUGAUGAGUACCGAAAGCACAUUGAGAAAGAUCCAGCACUAGAAAGAAGGUUUCAACCCGUGAAGGUCCCCGAGCCCACUGUUGAGGAAGCCAUUCAGAUUCUUAGAGGGUUACGUGAACGAUAUGAGAUACACCACAAAGUCCGUUACACUGAUGAAGCUAUAGAUGCUGCUGCACAAUUGUCCCAUCAAUAUAUCAGUGACCGGUUUUUGCCAGACAAAGCAAUUGACUUGAUUGAUGAAGCUGGUUCUCGAGUCCGCCUUCAUCAUGCGCAGCUUCCUGAGGAAGGUAAAGAACUUGAAAGAGAGCUCAGGCAGAUAACAAAGGAGAAGAAUGAAGCCGUUCGAAGUCAAGACUUUGAAAAGGCUGGGGAACUGCGCGAUAAAGAGAUGGACCUCCGAUGCCAGAUGUCCGCCCUUGUGAACAAGAACAAGGAGACGACCCGGGCAGAGGCUGAGACGGGGGAUGGGGGCCCGACCGUCACGGAUGCCGACAUUCAUCGCAUCGUCUCUUCUUGGACGGGCAUUCCCGUCGAUAAGGUGACUUCUGAAGAGUCCUCCCGCCUCCUCCGCAUGGAAUCGACUCUCCAUGGCCGCGUGAUCGGCCAGGAUGAGGCUGUGGAGGCCAUCUCCCGCGCCAUCCGCCGUGCCCGUGAGGUGGUUGUGAGGUUGAAGAAGAUGGACAUCGGGCUUCAGGUGACGGAUAGAUUCAGGGAUCUGGUGGUGGAGGAAGGCUAUAGUCCGAGCUAUGGGGCGAGGCCGUUGAGGAGGGCCAUCAUGAGGCUACUGGAGGAUAGCAUGGCCGAGAAGAUGCUCGCUCUAGAGAUCAAGGGGGGCGAUUCCGUAAUUGUUGAUGUGGACUCCGAUGGGAAAGUCGUGGUUCUCAGCGGUGGUGUUGGUGGUGGUGGUGGGGAAGCUGCCGCCGCGCUUGAGGCAUCUCCUGAUCUUGCGGUGGUGUAG